AUGUCGUUGACCACCAUCCGCCCCACCGACCCUCCACACAUUCAAACCGCCCGUCGCGAGCUACGAAGCCUCCAGAAAAAAGAACGAGCCUGUGAUGAAGAGAGCGAGGCGAGGAAUAAGCAACGCGUGGAUCUGGAGAACCAGUGCGGGGAACUAGAGGAGAGGAUAAGACGGGUUAAGCAGGCACUUCGGCGGGUCCACAACGAAGAGGUUCAGCACCAGGAGAGGAAGGUCAUUCGAGCCAGCAAGAUGGCAAAUCUAGAGGCGGAGUUGGUGGAUUGGGAUAGAUGCGAGGAGAGGAGGAGAACGCAAGAGAGGCGACGAAGAGAAGAGCAGGAGAGGAAGGCUCGGGAGUUACAUGAACGAAGAGAGAGCACGUCCGUAGGGAUCAAACGCGAGAGGGAUAUAGAUGGAUCAUCGUUAGUUGACGGAUCAGUCUGGCCCAGGAUGAGAUACAGCACGGUUGGUCGCAGCUCGUUCCAGCUCAACCCCGACAUCCGUCAUCUCUCAUUCCAUAUGUCCUCCACCGACGAGUCCGAUGCCAACGACCCGCAGUCGAUUUCGACCAUGAGUACCAAGUGCAGCAAGUCCAAACCAUGCGAGAAGGAUUUCGCAGUUGAGUCUAAGUAUCCCUGUCGUUGGUGCACGACCCACAAACUCGUCUGUAAACGAAAGGAGGAAGUAACCGUCAACGAGCAAGGUAUUCUUGUUGACGUUGGCGGAGCACCGACCAUGCGGACCCAGCGCAACACGCGAUGCUUCAAUUGCACUCGCAAGAGUCCCAAAGGAGGAUGCACGCUGCCUCCUCCUGAUCCCGAUCCCGCUGUUGCCCCUGCGGCUCCCCAAAAGGGAGAAGAGUACAAUGAGGAGGACUGGUUGGAGUACGUUGAUCCUGUGGAGAUGGUGGAGAGUGGUGGAGAAGAGCAACCUAAAAAGAAGGGAUGUGUCGGCCAUCCCACUCCCUGCCAGCGAAAGCUGGAACCGAGGUUCAAGAAGGGUGUCCUGGUCGGUUGGGACAGCGCAAGUGCCAGUGGUACCCGGUGCUUCCGGUACAGGGUCAGGGGCAUUCGCUGUGGUGUUACCCGAAUCCCAAAGGACCCUCUCGCCAAGGAGGGCGACAGCUCACCUGCGUCAGAGGAGCACAGCGAGUCGGACGAGGACAGAAAGCCAAAGCGCGUCAAGUGCGAAGACGGCGAUACCGGUCGUGGACCUACGCUAUACCAGCUAGAACGGAGGAGCGAAGAGGCAGCGCCUUCGGCGAGGGCAGACGAUGAAAGUGAAGACUCUGAACUGGAAAUUCCGACAUCCCAUAGAGGGUGA